CAAUACAAUUAUGCAUCAUGACAGGAAAACCCCUUCACGUUCUGGGUCCUAAAAACUCAUGUAAAAAUAACUGUGAAAACAAAGGUCAUGAAAACAGCACCUACAACACAAACACAACUGAUUUGCAAGAAAAGCAAAAUGUAUCCAAGGAAAUCAAUUCUUCAUUUCAACUAAACCAAACAACGCCUUCUGGAUCAAACAACACUCAUGAAGAAACAACUGGUCAACCCGAAAAUGUAGGUUCAAAAUCAACAGGUCAUGAUCAAGACUUAGGGUCCCUUGUUAAAGUUCAUCAAAAACAGGGUCUAAGUUCUACUAUAGGUCCAUUUUUCACAGAGCAUGGCCAAUACCAAGGUUCUAGCACAGAAUUACCAAUAAUUGGUCAUAAUAAAGAUCUCAGAUCAGGAAAUGGAUCUAGGCCAGAUGAACAGUCUGAAGACCAAGGUUCUGGCAAGGGAUCACCAUUGAAUGAUCAUGAAAAAGAACUAAAAUUGGGUAAUGGAUCUAGGUCAAAUGAACAGUUUGAAGACCAAGGUUCUGGCAAGGGAUCACCAUUAAAUAAUCAUAAUAAAGGUUUAAAAUCAGGAUUGAGGCCAGUUGACUGGUCUGAAGAGCAAGGUUCAGGCAUGGGGUCUGAAGAGCAAGGUUCAGGCAUGGGAUCACCACUGACUGAUCAUGAUAAAGGUCUCAAAUUAGGUAAUAGAUCUAGGCCAGUUGAAUGGGAUGAAGACCAAGGUUCUGGCAUGAUAUCACCCUUGACAGUUCAUAAUGGAGGUCUCAGAUCAGGUAAUGGAUCUAGGCCAUUUGAAUGGGAGGAAGAACAAGGUUCUGGCACGGAAUCACCACUGACUGUUCAUGAUGAAGGUCUCAGAUCAGGAAAUGGAUCUAGCCCAGUUGCAUUGAAGGAAGACCAAGGUUCUGGCACGGAAUCACCAUUCACUAGUCGUGAUGCAGGUUUAAAAUUAGGUUCUACAUCUGGACAACUAGAUGAAGACAAUGGUUCUGGCCUAGACCAUUAAAACUGCUUCUAACUAAGCCUGUAAGAUGGAUGAAGCUGUGUAUUGGAACAAAGAAACAAAAUCAAAAAUAUGUGUAGUAGUGAGGCAAAUUACUUCUCAUAUUUUCUCAUAAAUGAAUCCACCAUCAAGCAUAAAGUCAAGAAAAACACUGCAUGGAAUAUUACAUAGAGAUUCUGUCAAUUUAAUCAAACAAUUACCAUACUUUGGCUGGUGCUCUUCUGAUCUUCUGAUUUA